CAAGAGAAGCACUGCGCCUAAGCCCCCGGUUCCCAUCAGUGGCCUCCAGUGUCACUCCAUAAUCCCACUCCUCUGUCCCUGCACAUAGCUGUUCGCGAGUAUGCCCCUCCCACCCGCUUCGAGGAAGGAGGUAGUCGAAAGAUCAGCAGAAUCAGCGAACGAAGGCGACUAUUAUGUAAUCGAUCUCGCUCGGCGCGGAACUAUUGUAUGGAUACCCCCUGCUGAGAGAAAGGGGGUUUUUGACGGUCGGAAUACUGCCUGCACGGAUGAAAUUCUCGGACUGGGAAAGGGCAUGAGCAUUGAUCUAGAGCUAGCACUAGAGCAGGAUAGGAAUGAUCACCAUGUUUAGCGGGAUGAAUGAAGUGAGGGAUGAGAAGUAUAUGUAAGAAGUCGCACUGGGAGUACACACGUCGGAUACCCUCUCCGUCAGAUGCCAUUUGUGUUGUGAACAAUUUGAGUAGGUG